UUUCUUGCAUAAAAUUUUGCUGCAAGUUUUAGCAGUACUACAAGAAGUGUCGACAGAAAUUAUUUAGUGAACAAAAGGAGGCGGAGGGGGUAGCAGGUGGAGAAGAUGGAAAAUCUGGAGGAGGUAUUACAAGCGCUUGACGAGUUUCAGAAAAUGCGUCCGAGUGAGAUACCUCGAGAACUCGAGGACUAUUUGUGUUGGGUUGCAAAAACCGGAGAUCCUGUUUAUCAGUGGCCGUUAAUUAAAACGCUGUUCAGAGAAAAACUCACUCGGGUAAUGACUGACUUUUACGAGAGUUGUCCAACUCUUGAGCUCGCACCAUGUCCAAAUGUCGAACAUUUCAAUUAUGAUACUAUGAAAAGUAAUCUCUUGGAGCGUCUGGAAUCGUUUGCGAACGCUCCAUUCACUGUUCAGCGGAUUUGCGAGCUAUUGACAGCGCCUCGUAAGGAAUAUAAUAGAGUUGACAAAUUUAUGCGAGCCAUUGAAAAGAAUAUCUUGGUUGUUUCCACUAGAGAACCUGGACCAAUAGCUAGGAGAAACGAGAAUGGAGAUGGCAUGGUCAAUGGAUCUGUAGAUGAAGACACAUCUGUAACACAGCCUCCUCAGGAUGUAGAAAUGGAAUAUUGGGAAAAAGACUGUCCUUCUACAGUUACAAUUAGCGUGCAUACAGUUGAAAGUGAAACACCUUUGUUACAUACUGUUGUACCAACCACUACUGUAGUGAAAAGUGUGUUCGGUACAGAGGAACUUUCUCAUGAGAAAGUAGAAUCAACAUCUUCCAAGUCAGAUAUUGUGGUAUCUAACUUUAUACCAAGUACUUCAGAGUUUUCUGGUGUAUCGAAUUUAAAUUCUCAAGCACAAACACAUGAUUCACAAAUAGGAUCCACAAUACAAAAUCUGUCUACCAUAGUUCCUGAAGCUUCUGGGAUUGUUAGUGAUGUUUCAGAAGCUAUCAUGAAUGAGGACACUAGUUCUCAACCUAGUUUAGAGUUGGAAAAUGAAGGAGGAGAUACUAUAGAUUCUUCAAGAAAAUUACAGACUACCUUCCAAACAAAAGAUUUCUCAAAUGAAAAUAAGUCAUCAAAGUUUUAUGUAGAUAAUUCUAAGAUAAAUGAAAAGACAGAAAUUGGGGCAACACCAAUACAUAUGCAAGGAGGACUGAGUAAAACUAACGACAUACUGGUCAAGUCAGAUGUUGAAUCUAAAACAGAGAUGAAUAAUAAAGAAUCUCUUAAUCCAAUUGUUGAAAAUCUGUUAAAUACUUCUAAUGAAACUUUGGAAGACACAAUAAAGUCAAAUACUGAUGUAGAAAAUACUCAACCAAUUAUUAAUACAGCUGGUUCAAAUGUAGAUCACAAAGAGUCAUUACCUUUAGAAAGUGUUAGCAUAGAAAACACAUCCAUAACAAAUAAAUCAGAACAAUCUACAAAUAAUUUAAUUUUAUCCACUGAUAACACAAGUAUAGAAGAAACUUCAAAUACAUCUGAGGAAAUGUCUGUAGAUGUGGUAAACUUAAAGGAUCAAAAUAAGGAGACAGAGUUAACAGAAGAUUUGAAACCUAUAGUGGAAGAACCAUGUUCUAACAAUAAUGCAACAGAAAAUUUUAAUUGUGGUCAAGAAAAAAACAAUUUGACUAUAACAGAAGCUGUAGAAGAUGAGACCAGGGUGUUGAAAUCUAUAGUACCUGAUCCAAUUCCUAUUAUUGAAGAACCAAAAGACAUAGAGUCUGCUAAUACAAAAGCAGAGGACACCUCUCCAAUUGUCGAGAUAUCAGAAGAUGUAGAUCAAAAUCCUGCAGCAACGUGUCAACCAGAAAAUGAAGAGAAAAUGUCUGUUGAGGAUAGUAACAUAACAGAACUACAAGGUAACAAUAUAGCUCCUACUGUAAAGAAAAUAGAGCAUAGUGAGAAAGUAAUAGAACAUGUUAUGAGUAAAAAAGUGGAGCAAGAAGCAGCACAAUCAUCUAGAAGUUAA